AUGAAAGAUCAAGCAGAAAAUAAACAAAAACCAAAGGCAUCAAGAGGUGCAGUGAGCAAGAAAGAAAAAAUUUGUAAACGUGGAAAAUAUUCAAAACCGUGUGAUUAUUGCCGUCUUUCGCCUAGCAAAAAGAAAUGCGUGCAUGUUGAGAAUUCCUGUGUAAAAUGUAGGGAGAAAGGUAAGGUAUGCUCCAGAGAACUUACGAAACCCAACGAUAUUGAAAAUCCUUCGACUUCUUUUGACCCGAAUCUCCCUCAAGACAUUACGCCUUGGGAUGACUUGGGAAUGUCCCAAGAAGCAAUUAUUAAUCAAGACCGCAAGCUCUGGAUAAUCCUUGGAACGUCCGAAGAGGAGCUUGAUCAUUUCGUAUCAGGCAAUAAUCAUAUAUUCUGUUUUGGAAUUAUUGAGUUUUCCGCAGAAGAUUGCAAAUAUGAUGCUUUAGUAUGGUCAAGUGGCGUGCGAAUUGGAACACACGACAAACUCCAAGUUUGA